CUACACGUCGUGGGAGACAGUCAGCUUAUUUUACGACAGCAGCUACACCGGACGGCACCAAAAGAUGCCCAUUUGCGCACUUUGUAUCAAAGAUGCAGAGUGAUUGCCGACAACUGUGGUGUUCGAUCAUGGUCGCAUCACCUACGAGCCUUCAACAAAACGGCUGAUGCCUUAGCCAAUCUGGCAAUGGACACAACCUGCAGCAGGCAGCUGCUUUGGACUUCU